UCAAAUAUUACAUCAAUCAAUUUUUUUCUUCUUCUUUAUCUUUCUCACUCUAAUUUUUUUCUUCUUCUUUAUCUUUCUCACUCUAGCCCAAUCCAUUUUGAGGUGAUCGUCAUCAUUAAUCAUUCAGCUAUGACAUCAAUGGUGGCACCCAUCAACAUUGGGCUACAAUCUCCAGGAAAUUGGUGCAAUGCGAAGAAGAAGAUUUUAGAGAAGGCGAAUCCAAGGCUUAAUUCCUCAUGCAACACUAACGCAAGAUUGAAUGAUAAACGAAGAUCUUCGUCGUUGAUGACUGCAAGUUCUAAUAGUAGUCCUGGGGUAAUGGAAAAUGUGUCUUUGGCUCAUCUUACAACAGACAAGUCGCCAAAUGAAAGCCCAUUUCGUGGAAAGAUUGUGCAGGACAGGCAUGUCUAUAAGCAGAUUUUCCUUGUCGGGUGUUACCAAAUUGGACCAGAUAAAACUAUCACCAUGGAGACACUCAUGAAUUUUCUCCAGGAAACUGCUAUAAGGCAUAUCUGCUUCAUUUCCGCCCCAGUUCAGAAUGAUGUUGGAGCAACUCACGAAAUGGAGCUUCGCAAACUCACUUGGAUUGUUACUCGUAUUCAAGUUCAAGUACAGAGAUAUAGCAAACGGGGAGAUGAAAUUGAGGUUGAUACUUGGAGUGAUAGUGCGGGAAAGAAUGGAAUGCGAAAAGAUUGGAUAAUCAAAGAUUAUUAUACCAAAGAGAUCUUAGCAAAGGCAACCAGCACAUGGACGUUGAUGAAUACCGAAACAAGAAGAUUAUCCAAGAUACCUGAUGAAGUUAGACAAGAACUUAAUCCUUUCGUGUUUCAUAAGCAUGCCAUUGAAGAAAUAGAUCAUCGGAAGAUACCAAAGCUCAAUGAUGCCAUUGCUGAGAGAUUUCGCAAUGGGGUGACUCCAACGUGGAAUGACAUGGAUGCUAACAUGCAUGUUAGCAAUGUAAAAUAUAUCAAAUGGAUCUUAGAGAGCGUGCCAAGAGAAGUGUUAGAAAUUUACAAAAUGACGAGCAUUACUUUGGAGUUUCGGCGUGAAUGUAGGCAUUCAGAUGUGUUGGAAUCACUGAGUAGUCCAUCAUCCAGAGUGGUUGGUGAUGCUAAUAAUAAUAACAGAAAAGCCGACCUGGAAUAUAUACACCUUCUUCGUCUACAAGACAGUAAAGCGGAGUUGGUCCGAGCAAGAACAGAAUGGCUACAUAAGCAAAACCAGCAGUGAUACAGUUAUAUAUUAUGCUUUUCAUCUGUUUGCUAUUGCAUUGUGAUAAAUAAAAAAUAAAAAAAUACAAGAACAGCAAGUUUCUAAUAUUUACAGAAAAUUCUGCUGCUACACUUGAGAAAAACUAAAAAUAAUUUAAUAGUGUAAUACUUGGUGAUGUAGUUUUUCGUGGUUAAUUUAAUUUGAUUUUCUUUAUAUAUAUCAAAGCAAAAGUGACACUUUUAUCUC